CCCUGCUGACUGAGCGAGACAGCAAAGGAGUCCAGCCCUGUGCCCUGCCGCUGAGUCCGUCAACAAUCAGCGUGUCAGGCUGUUGCAAAUUCCUUUGCCUAUUUUUGGUCAGGCUCUAGCACAGACGUCUAUCCGGGGCCUUGUUCACCAGUUCCAGCUGCGUCGGGAACCAGUCAGAAACCAGCAGAGGCACACACUGCACAAAGGAGGAUUCUCUUAAAGUACAGCCUCAAUCAUACACUAUGGCUGGCAAAGUGCGCAGACUGAGCCCAGAGGAGCGAGGGGAGCUGCUGCCCAGCCUGAGGGCUGCUGGUUGGGUUGAGGUGGAAGGGAGAGAUGCCAUCUAUAAAGAAUUUCUCUUUAAAGAUUUCAACCAGGCUUUUGGGUUUAUGACGAGAGUGGGUCUGCAGGCAGAGAAGAUGGACCAUCACCCAGAGUGGUUCAACGUCUAUAACAAGGUCCAUGUCACUCUGAGCACUCAUGAAUGCAGCGGACUCUCUCACAGGGAUGUCGCCCUUGCUGGAUUCAUCGAGCAGGUCGCUGCUCCUUAACCAGGAGCUUGCGGGGCACAACUGACAGUUCCUGUUCUCGUUAAUGACGUUGUUGUGACUGCCAGUUUUACAGCCAAGACCAUCAAUGUGAUCAAUCUUCCCCUAAAACAUAAUUCAAACCCUUUACUUGUCCAAUUAAAAACCCUGUAAAGUGAAAAAAAGUGUCAAACUUUUCAAAACCACUUGAACGGUAAAAAACAGUGCAGUGAAAUUCUAAUCUGACCUUGCUCUCUCCACUUCUGUGGAGUUGAAAUUUUAAUCUGAAUUUGUACUCUCCAUCUCUGUGGAGUGUUCAGGCCUCAAGUCUGUUCAGCUAUUGGUGUCAGACUGUGUUCUCAAUCAAGAGGACUUCAAAACAUUUUUGUAAUAUUAUCUUAUGCUAGGUAAAUGCAUGUCACACAUUAUAAAAGGAAUAUACAUUUAACCAAAAGUUCAAACCAGACCAACUGCUGUUUGCUUCAUUGAUUGCUUGGACCGAUGCAUUCUUAUCUGUAGGUUGCGAGGGCUAUUUUAAUUGCUACCAAACAUAGUUGCUCCUUUUUAGAUUGCUUGCCAUUUAGAUACUAGGUAAACAAGGUGCUCAAAAUAUCAUUCAAAUAUGUUACUUUGUACAGAAGAAUUCCAAUAUGGCCUGAACCAGAAUGUGUAAACUACAUUGUUGUAUCGUCAGUGUUAAAUGAUGUGGGUUUGUUCCUUUGUACCAUUUCAUUUCAACUUUGAAAUGUAACCAAGAUAAUAAAAACAAUGAUAUACUUUA